CGACGGCACCGGCGCCUUGUCGCGGCUCCGCGGCGGGAGCGAGCCGGUGGGCGCCUCGGCCGCGCGCACUUCCGGGACGCGGCGCGCGACUCUGGAGUCUCCUCGCCCGGUGGACUGCAGGCAUUCAGGGCAAGAGAGUCAACUGGGUGGGAGUGGGCGCCCUUAGAGGCGCUGAAAGAGAAGGUGGUCGAUCUAGGGACUCGCGGGCCGCCCCAGGAAUGAUUCACGAACUGCUUUUGGCCCUGAGUGGGUACCCAGGGUCCAUUUUCACCUGGAACAAACGGAGUGGCCUGCAGGUUUCCCAGGAUUUUCCAUUUCUUCAUCCCAGUGAGACUAGUGUCCUGAAUCGACUCUGCCGGCUUGGCACAGACUACAUUCGAUUCACUGAGUUCAUUGAACAGUACACAGGCCAUGUGCAGCAACAGGAUCACCAUCCAUCCCAGCAGGGCCAAGGUGGACUGCAUGGGAUCUACCUCAGAGCCUUCUGCACAGGGCUGGAUUCAGUUUUGCAGCCUUAUCGCCAAGCACUGCUUGAUUUGGAACAAGAGUUCCUGGCUGACCCACAUCUCUCCAUAUCACAUGUCAAUUACUCCUUAGAUCAGUUCCAGCUCCUUUUUCCCUCUGUGAUGGUUGUAGUGGAGCAAAUUAAAAACCAAAAGAUUCAUGGCUGUCAAAUCCUGGAGACAGUUUACAAACAUAGCUGUGGGGGUUUGCCUCCAGUUCGAAGCGCAUUAGAAAAAAUCCUGGCUGUGUGCCAUGGAGUCAUGUAUAAACAGCUCUCAGCCUGGAUGCUGCAUGGACUCCUUUUGGACCAGCAUGAAGAGUUCUUCAUCAAACAGGGUCCAUCUUCUGGUAAUAUCAGUGCACAGCUAGAAGAGGAUGAGGAGGAUCUGGGCAUUGGAGGCCUGACAGGAAAACAACUGAGAGAACUGCAGGACCUGCGCCUAAUUGAGGAAGAAAAUAUGCUGGCCCCAUCUCUGAAGCAGUUUUCCCUGAGGGUAGAGAUUUUACCAUCCUACAUUCCAGUGAGAGUUGCUGAAAAAAUCCUCUUUGUUGGAGAAUCUGUCCAGAUGUUUGAGAAUCAAAAUGUGAACCUGACAAGGAAAGGGUCCAUCUUGAAAAACCAGGAGGACACUUUCGCUGCCGAGCUACACCGGCUCAAGCAGCAGCCACUCUUCAGCCUGGUGGAUUUUGAGCAGGUGGUAGAUCGGAUCCGUAGCACUGUGGCUGAGCACCUCUGGAAGCUAAUGGUGGAAGAGUCAGAUUUACUGGGUCAGCUGAAGAUCAUUAAAGACUUUUACCUUCUGGGACGAGGAGAACUGUUCCAGGCCUUCAUUGACACAGCUCAGCACAUGUUGAAAACACCACCCACUGCAGUAACAGAGCAUGAUGUGAAUGUGGCCUUUCAACAGUCAGCACACAAGGUGCUGCUAGAUGAUGACAACCUUCUCCCUCUGUUGCACUUGACCAUCGAGUACCAUGGAAAGGACCACAAAGCAGAUGCCACCCAGCCAAGAGAAGUGCCUUCUCGGGAAACAUCCCCCCGGGAAGCUCCUUCUUCCGGCUGGGCUGCUCUAGGGCUUUCCUACAAAGUACAAUGGCCACUGCAUAUUCUCUUCACUCCAGCUGUCUUGGAAAAGUACAAUGUUGUUUUUAAGUACUUACUAAGUGUGCGCCGUGUCCAAGCUGAACUGCAGCACUGCUGGGCACUCCAGAUGCAGCGCAAGCACCUCAAAUCUAACCAGACGGAUGCAGUCAAGUGGCGCCUAAGAAACCACAUGGCCUUCUUGGUAGAUAAUCUUCAGUACUACCUCCAGGUAGAUGUGCUGGAGUCUCAGUUCUCACAGCUGCUUCAUCAGAUCAAUUCUACGAGGGACUUUGAAAGCAUCCGAUUGGCGCAUGACCACUUCCUAAGCAAUUUGCUGGCCCAGUCCUUUAUUUUGCUGAAGCCUGUGUUUCACUGCCUGAAUGAAAUCCUAGAUCUCUGUCACAGUUUUUGUUCACUGGUCAGUCAGAAUCUGGGCCCACUGGAUGAGCGCGGAGCUGCCCAGCUGAGCAUUCUCGUGAAGGGCUUUAGUCGCCAGUCUUCACUCCUGUUCAAGAUUCUUUCCAGUGUUCGGAAUCACCAGAUCAACUCAGAUUUGGCUCAGUUACUGCUCCGGCUAGACUAUAACAAAUACUAUACCCAGGCUGGUGGAACUCUGGGCAGUUUUGGGAUGUGAAAAUGAAGGAACAGUCCUAACACAUUCUGAUGUCUGUAACAAAACUCUCUAGUCAUUCAUCAGAUGCCUGCAGACUGCUGAAAGGGUCUUCUAGAAGAAGUCCAGAGGUAUAAAUCCUUCCUACCGUUCCUGUAGGGAACUGGGGUUUGAUAUCUCUCUGCGGACCACACGCAGGCUUUGAUCCUUUACACUAAGACAUCUCUUGGGUGGGUUCAUUUGUGUAACAGUGGUUUAUUGAGCAUUUACAAUAUUCCUAUGGAAGAUAACCACAGUAAACAAUGGGGAUCGAUAAAAUAUUUUUAGGCUUGGCUCAUAUGUAAGAAAGGAAUCAUGCUUCUGAAUAGGUCAGCUUCUAUAUGUUACCACCAAAUUAGAAAACCCUUUAGACAGGCUGUGGGCUUUCUGUACCUUGUAAUUUGUAACUAUACAGAUUAUCUUUAUCCUUCCCCAAAAUUUAAGAUUUGAGUAUCCUUUAUCUGAAGAAUUUAGCCAGUGGAUUCUAAUUCUUUCAGACUGGUAAAAGGGCAAUUCUGGCUAAAAGGUGAUAGAGGUCAAAUUGUUUAGAUUUUAGAAACUGAAAACUGCAACCCAGUUUUCCCACCUUAGACCUGGCACAGGAGUUAAGGUUAUAUGGUCAGAUAGCCUAGCCACCAGUGGCUGAGGACAUACUAAUGUUCUCAUCAGCAUAGACAAACAGUUCAUUGACAUACCUUCCCUCCAAGCUGGACAAGAAUGCAGCCUCUGGGCCUCAGUCUGUAGUCAUUGAAUCCUCUCCUCCACAUUGUCUACCACCCACCAUGAAAGCCGAGUUCCUGUCCUCGUCAACUAUCGAGGAUCGAUCCCUUCCAUUGUUGCCUCUACAAGCAGGGCUUAGCAGAUAACAGCCUGCUGCUUGUUUUUGUAAAUAAAGUACUAUUCAAACGGCCACACAUACUCAUAUAGCUAUUGACUAUGGCUGCUUUCAUCUCACAGCGAGACAAGAAGUUGAGACGGACGAGUGAGCACACAGCCUAAAAGGAUUUACUGCUUGGCUCUACAUAAAAAUAAGACAGCCUUUAUUUAUUUGUUAACAGGGAUUAUGGUGAUGAGUGUGAGGAAGGAAUAACUUCCAACAGUUGUGACAACUUAUUUUACAGAAAACCAUCCCAGCAAAUUUAUAGUCGCUGUCCAAUUUAUUAACAACUGGCCGUGUUCCCAGUAGCAGGUCAUCUGUCAAUAAACUCUUGAUACCCAGGGAGCUGUCCCCAGUCCCUCUCAACUUAGCACUACUUCCUGUUCAUCUAGGCCCUUGCCUACUGGAAACUGCAUUUUUGGAAGCAUGACAUUUUAGGUAGCCUGGGAGAGCCUUUUGACAUUGACAGUGGUGCCACAGAACAAUGUUCAUUCCUGUAUUUUAUCUCCCUUUGUUUGCUGCACUGCUAAAGUGACAAGCCUGCUGAAAACUUAAGAGAAGGUCCUAUGUUUACCAUGUUCUGAGAUUAAGCUCAAAGAAACAGAUGAAGACAUCCCAGUUACUACAACCAAAGAGAUUCAACAUUUAUUUUAUCAUAAAAGUCCAGCAAAUAAAACUAUGUACAAGGUCCAUGCAAAGAAUACAGUUACACACAAGACAACACUUAAAACCUGAUUAAAACACAAUCUCCACAAUAGCAGGGGAUAAAACCAGAAAGACCAAGUAUCUUUAGUGAGAAACAUAAUCAUGUUUAUAUUUUGGAUGCUGCUUGAAUCCAAUUCUCUCCCCAACAAUGAGGCACUGGAUCACCCAUUCUUGUGAUACCACAGGCAGUUGCAAGGCUUCAGCACACUUGAGCACCGAGGCUGGGCAUGAGGGGUCUGUCACCACCACAUCAAAUACCCCUAAAGCAAUGUCUGUAAAAAGUAGGGGGAGGUGAAUGAGGAAAAAACACUCAGUUUAGCUCCUUUAAAAAAAAAGAAAGGUGCCUUCUAAUCAGUAUUCCCUACUCCACCAAACCAAAGCCCUCUACUAUAGGUACUGUGUGUUCACAAUGUAAAAUAAAAGUUGUAAUCACCA